UUUUUUCCCCUCAGAGUGCGUAUUUUUGUCUGGUGGGCACAGCGGAAAAAAAAAAAAAGUUGGUUAAUGCUCCUCUUUCUCUUUCAUAGAGAGAGGAAUUACUUCCUUCCACCUUCCUCCCUCUGCUUCACCAAAUCAAAACCCUAAUAAUCCCCCAAGAACACUGCUCUUUCACUUUUCCGAUCGUAAUUCUGACUUCACUACCGCCUUUAAUCCCGGUUUGGUUUUCUCCUUCUUAAGAUAGCCCUAAGAAAGCCCUAGGGUUUUACUUCAUAAAGGAAACGGCGUAGUUUGCGUUCUGUACAUGUUCUCCUGUCGUUGACUUGUACGGAUUUCGUGUUUUUCAGCUCGGUGCUUCGUUGAUAUGGAGAGAUCCGAUGGCAAAGAUUUCUGCAACUUCACUGAGAGUUCUUCAGGCAAUACUCUUUUUGAUGCAUCACAAUACGAGUUUUUUGGUCAAAAUGUUGUGGGAGAGGUGGAGUUAGGAGGUUUGGAAGAUGAUGAAGAGGAUGCUCUUGUAUUUGCUUCUGCCAAUGAUGAUGAAUAUCGGUUAUUUGACAGAGGGGAGGCUGUAAGUUUAGGUUCAUUAUCAGACAUGGAUGAUUUGGCAAGUACUUUUGCAAAGGUCAGCCUCUUCUCUAUAAUAAUAAUGCAGAUUUUGAUGCUUGAGAAAAAAAAAUCAAGCUGAUCUAUAUGGACUGAGUACUAUCGUUUUCCAAUUAAGGAUUUUUAAAAUUUUCUAUGGUCAUACUUAUGUAUAUGUCUGCAUGUGUGUAAUAAUAUUAAUAAAAAAAGAAGAUUGAUUCCUAAUUAAAAAAUGUUACUAAAAAUUAAAAAUGCUUUUAAAUGAUUUAGUUGGUAAUAGCGUAUUUUGAAAUCAUCGUGGUGUAUUACGGAAAAUAUCUUUGUUAAAAAUACAAUUAAUCAGAGGUGAGAAUACUCCUCCAUCCAUCCUAACUUUUAGGGCACAAGAAGAUGGUCUUACUUUGAUGUGCCAUGCGGCCAGCUUUAAAGAUGUUGGAAAGUUUUUUACCCUGCGUUCUUCUUUCAUGUGGCAUUUCCGGAGUGAUGUUUGGAGCAUUUUCCGGGUAAAAUGCUACUGGCACAAAUGGAUUUGUAGUUAUUAUAAAGGUGAAAUAAAUUACGGGCACAGAGGUGGAAAGAUGAAAAAGUAU